AUGUCGAUACCAAUAUCUCACAGUAACUCGUCCGAGUCAUCCUCCACGGCGAACGCGAACACUUUGACAGACUCACACAAUGACCUCAUUAAUGUUCUCGGAAAGCGUGGUCCUGGAGAAGACUGGCGACAGAGCUUCCACGCGCUGAAAUCGAGGAAACAUCAAGAAGAUUCGUUGCUACAAGAGGAACCACCCUCUCCGCCGCCAGAACCAUCCAGAAGGCCGCGUAUCCUUCGACUUUUUGCAGAACGAGCUAUGGAACGUCAAUCGAAAAAUAGACAAAGGGAUGUUGAAGCUUCGGAUCAGACGCCCAUCGCCAAAGAUGUUGAUAUGGUGGAGGCUCCCGAGAAUCCCUCAUCCAUCGUAGAUAAUGUUCGCACAGUCUGGAAGCAAAUCACUGGCAUGGGACAAUCUUCCACUAACAAUGCACCCAAUGCACCACCGCAAACUAUCAAAGAUGCCACCCAGAUUCCCGCUAUGUCAGGAGGAGAAACAAGGUCGACUCCUUCGACCCUGCAGGAAUUGCUUCAACCAUCAGCUCAACAAACCGCAAGUACCGCCGACAAUGCAGUCAUUGCGAUGACUAGUGAAAUACAAUCUUCAACUCAUCGGGAUAUACUGAUGCCGGACUUUCACAUUACUACGUCAACAUCCACCGGUCGUCCUGCAGAAGCCAACUCAACAACAUCUGUUCCAGUCCCUGAUAGCUCUCAGCAAGUGACACCUCAGGAUAACCACCAGCGACAAGCCAUUGGUCAAAGAGACAAUCGCUCUCGACCUAGCCUUCCUCGUACACCGUCUCAUAUCCAAAUGCAGGAUAUCUUGUAUGGUGCCCCACCCGCUGUCAGCGUCAACAAUACGGGAAAGUUGAAAGAACCAGCGGCAUCCUCAUUAUCAGAUCCAUCAUCACAAGUAAGACAGGUAGGGGUCCGUUUCGCAUCUCAUGCUUCGGUGGUGAAUGGGGCUUUCACAAGUCUUCAACCAGUUCAGCAGCAACAAACAGAACGAGCCGGCAGGAUAGCUCAGCCUAGCGCCUUGUAUGGUAAUAGCCUGGAAGCAGCCGAUACUAACAUGUGGGUUAUACAACCAGAAGCCAAAAGGCAGUUUAUAGGUUACUUCGAGAAAUUAGGGGCAAAAAAUGGUACCAUCAAUAUGGGACAGGCAUGGAAAUAUUUGUCAGAGUCGAGAUUAUCUUCAGAACUACUCCUACAAAUUUGUGGGCUUGCGGACACUCAGAAUUGUAACACUUUGGAUAGCGACGACUUCUGCAUUGCCGUCCAUUUGGCAAAUUUAUUAUCGAGUGGUCGCUUGAAAACGGUUCCGACAACUUUACCGCCCGUAAUAGUGAGAGCCGAAAACUGGUUCAAGAGCCUCGAUUUCGAGAAAACUGGACUUGUACGAAAGGACACUCUCAUCUCGAACCUACUCAGUAGUAAUGUGCCGUUAUCUGUUGUGACUCGGGUCGCAAAUUUAGUCAACCUCAAAAAGCAAGAGACACUCGACUGCGAAUCUAUUAUACUCACAUUGCACCUGAUUGAGGAGGCAUCAACUGGGAAACCCCUUCCGGAGACACUGCCUACCAGCCUAAUUCCCCCAUCACAUCGGCCUACUCAGAAUCCAGCCAACACGAGAUUCGCCACCUCAAGUAAUACCUUAACUCAAAGAAACAGCUUCUCAGGUACUGUCGUAGAGCCGUCGUCUUUCACUUUUCAGCCGAGUACAAGUACAAUCCCAAAUCCGCUGAGCUAUCAACAGGGUCACCCAGUGCAAGCUGAUGCUCAUGUUCCUUCAGCAAACCAAGGAUGGGAUACUCUUUUAGCAGAAAUAGGACAAGAGCGUGCUCGACGCGAUAAGGAGAAAGUAUUAGUAGACAAUCUACCAGUAGGAGGAUCUCUUAUUGCUUGUGAAUCACUGGCUGAUUCGUCGGUGUAUAUUCAUUUACAGCCACUUAGUAGCUCAUGGCCACAUCAAGGCAACAUACCGCACAAUACUGACACCCACGAUGAGGCCAGUGGCGCCCUUGGCGCUAUGUUUGGUUCGCUAUCCCGGAACUUUGCAGUCGUAACACACACGUUGAAGUCGGGGAUUGAACAGAAUGCCGAAGAAAUGAAACAAUUACGCUUAGAAAUACGGGCGCAGCGACAGGCAGCAAGUCAGGGACAGUCGGCAUCAUUUCCUGCUACAUCCCAGUCAGGAGCUCAUAUUUCAGGUUCACGUCGGAAUACACCAAAAAAGCCUAUUCCUAUCGAUCCCUACUCCAAAGAGCCGGAACACGUUAACUUUCGACAAAAAAUCAAAAGACAUCUCUUACAUCUUCUGAAGAUAGAAGGGUAUCCGCAUCUAAGGCGCAUUCACCCCCCCCCAACCGACCAAGAAAAUGAAUUGUAUGAGAUACAUGCCCCUGGAAGGAUCCUAGUUUCCCCAGAAACGUUUCGAAUCGACCUGUCUAGGUCUCGGAAUUCACCAUUCAACCGUCACUGUAUCAACGUGUUUGCGAAACAUUUCCGGCACUCUGUUGUGACGGAUCGUUGGUAUUCUUAUCCUCAGAUCCCCGAAAAGUAUCUUCCAAUUGAGUACAUCGAGCUCUCCCUCUACCUUCACCUCAAGCACGUCAAAGGGGAAUACCGAGCUUUUGUAACACAUCCGUCAAUUUCAAAGCGACUUCAGCAGCUACAGAACUCUUCGAGGAGUACUAGGAAAACACGGCUAUUCAAUGCCCGGCUCAAAGUGGUCUUGCAAGAGAGCUAUAUGGCACAUCAUAUCGACCUUAUGAAAAAUAUGGGAUCACAGGCCGUGAGCUCAGAUGAAUCCGAACCAGAAGGUCCCGACGACCAAGACGACCCCCAUGCCGAAGAAGCUAGCGUUCACUCGCACAAAUCCUUUGUCCGGAUUACUCCAGCGUGGCGCAGCGACGACUUGUCUAGAUUCAUGCACAAUCUCGAUACUGUCAUACAACGUCGACGCGAGCCGAGGAUUGGACACCGUGCGAUUCGAGGGCAGCAACCUAGGCACAGGAAACACUCUGAUAUGGUUAAUUUAAAAUCUGUGGCCCCGCCCGGCCUUCCGUGCAAUUGCUAUAAGCCAGAAUGGCUGGCUUCCUUGGACAACGAAGAGAUAAAGAAAUUGGAGAUGAAGGAACAACAUCAUGUUUUCAGAGUGGGGACCGAUCAGCCCGUAGCAACAUCAAACUUUACCACGCAGCAUACUGGCAUGCCGCCGCCGGUACAAAGUGUUGCUGCUGGUUCCACACACGCAGACUGUGCACAAUUCUCGUUUGGUGUACUGCCAAGUGAUCUCGCGGCUCCAGCCUCGGUCUCCAGCUCGAGACCUAUACAUAAACUCACAUCGCGAAGGCAGCUUAGCAAAACACCUUUCUUAUUUUCCUUUCCAGAAACAGACCCUGUUCAAUCUCAUGUCGAGUAUCCAACAUCCUUUCCAUUCUCAGACUCCAAUCUGGGCCACGAAUCAAUGCAAGAAACUGUGCCACCACUGUCAGAUCAAGGUGUCGAUGGUUCCUUGCUGAUGGAAUCGGCAGCCCACCUCACGCCAACACCCCAAUCUAUACCUCCUAGUCCUAAAAAACUAUCACCACUGUCAAGCCAGCAUACUCCCUGUGAUUCAUCAAACCUAGCCGGUGCCACCCAAGAAACACUUGAAACUAAUUCUCCAACGCCCACCCUUGCAAAUUUUACAGUCAGCACAGAGGUCACUGAGCAACCGGUUCAGUUUUUCAGAAGUCCUAUACUACUUGCGUCUCAAGAACCUGGAGGCAUGAGUGAGUCGGUGCUUUGGAGAGAAGAUAGUGAGACGCGGCAGCAAUCCGUCGAUACCACUGAUGAUGACACUGAAGAUUUCACAGAAGCCCUAUAUGAUGUAGUCGACAAUUCAGAUGAUGAAGGAGAUUUAUAG